GCUAACUGGGGCCGCUCCGCUCUGCGUGCACGUGGCUUGGGCGGCCUUGAGAAACCCGGGAGCCCCCGGAGUUACCUCCGGGCCCAGUAGCUGGUGCCGUAGUGACAAAAACCCGUUUCCCAGGCCCAGCGGGGUGUGCGCGGCCCCCGGCGUGUGCCAGCCCCGCAGCCCCUCGGCUUUCGCUCACCCGAGCUGUGCUGGGAAUCUGUCAGCGUGGCGUGUGACUGACUGCGGGCGUCCCGGCACGUGGCUCUGAGACCGGGCGGUGUGAGCUUCCUCCCGCUCCUAGCCCAUUAAUCUCCCUUCAACAUUGACUCUGAAGACUAAUGAAGAUAUUUUUUCAUGUCCUCAAUGGUUGUAUAGCUAAGAAGCAGAAGAAGAAAAAGGAUAAGAAAUCUCUACCAGAUGCAGAUGUUGCUGACAUACAACACACAGAGGAAUUCUUCAUCAAACCUGAAUCCCGAGUGGCUCAGCUGGACACAUCUCAGUGGCCCUUGCUACUGAAGAACUUUGACAAGCUAAAUGUGAGGACAACGCACUACACACCCCUUCCCUCUGGCUGCAAUCCCCUGAAGAGAGACAUCGCUGAGUAUGUUAGGACAGGCUUCAUUAACCUCGACAAGCCAUCCAACCCUUCUUCCCAUGAGGUGGUUGCCUGGAUCCGGCGCAUCCUCCGGGUUGAGAAGACGGGGCACAGUGGGACUCUUGACCCCAAAGUGACGGGGUGUCUGAUUGUGUGCAUUGAACGAGCAACACGGCUGGUCAAGUCUCAGCAGAGUGCAGGCAAAGAGUAUGUGGGAAUUGUUCGGCUGCACAAUGCUAUUGAAAGCGAGAUUCAGCUUUCCAGGGCAAUAGAAACUCUGACCGGUGCCCUGUUUCAGCGACCUCCCCUCAUUGCAGCUGUCAAGAGGCAACUAAGGGUCCGAACCAUCUACGAGAGCAAACUGGUAGAAUACGAUCCUGAGAGGAGAUUAGGUAUCUUCUGGGUGAGUUGUGAAGCUGGCACUUACAUCCGUACGCUGUGUGUCCACCUGGGCCUGCUGCUGGGGGUUGGAGGCCAGAUGCAAGAGCUCCGGCGAGUGCGCUCGGGGAUCAUGGGAGAGAAGGACCACAUGGUGACGAUGCACGAUGUACUGGAUGCCCAGUGGCAGUAUGACAACAAUAAGGAUGAGAGUUACCUGAGGAGGGUUAUCUUCCCCUUGGAGAAGCUGCUGACUUCACACAAACGGCUGGUUAUGAAGGACAGUGCAGUUAAUGCCAUCUGCUACGGUGCCAAGAUCAUGCUUCCUGGUGUUCUGAGGUAUGAAGAUGGCAUUGAGAUUAAUCAGGAGAUUGUCGUCAUCACCACUAAAGGGGAGGCCAUUUGCAUGGCUAUUGCCCUAAUGACCACCGCAGUGAUUUCUACUUGUGACCAUGGUAUAGUGGCAAAGAUCAAGAGGGUGAUCAUGGAAAGAGACACUUACCCCCGCAAAUGGGGUCUUGGACCCAAGGCAAGUCAAAAGAUGAUGAUGAUCAAGCAGGGCCUAUUGAGCAAGCACGGCAAGCCCAAUGAGAGCACGCCGGAUUCCUGGAAGAAGGAGUAUGUGGACUACAGUGUUGCUGUAAAGAAAGAGGCAGAAGCCCCAGCAGCCAUUGCCGAGAGGGUACCAAAACGAAAGCGGGAGACAGAGAGUGAAAAUGAGGAGGCAGCAGUGGCGCCGGCCACUCCGCAAUCAGAGGAGCAGAGCAGGAAGGAAAAGAAAAAGAAGAAAAAAGAGAAGAAGGCCAAAGAAGCUGCUGAGAGCGAAGGGGAGCUAAUGGAAGUGGCCAGUGACACCAGCACCAAGAAGAAGAAAAAGAAGAAGAAGAAACAAAAGCAAGCUGAAGAGAGCUCGGAGUAAGUGGCUAGAUCCCUCCCAGCCAGACGAGGCCACCUGCUUUGGAUGGAAGUUGGAGAGUCCUUAACAAAAGCUAUUCCCCAGCAAUGCAGAAACACUGACUGCAGUGGGGUGACGAGGCUCCUGAUCCAUUGCUUACACAAACGAAAGCAUGUCUGCAGUGUGGCUCAGCACACUCACCAUAAGCCCCACCUCAUCCUGUUUUAAGGGUGGCUGGAGGGAAGAGUGCAAAACUUACCCACUGGACUGCUCUGCUAAGCUGGUUGCCUCGAUGCAUAUAAAACUGUUCUCAGGGAACCAGCAGCUUCUGCUGAAAAUGAGUCGUCCUAAGCCCCAGUGUUUUGAGCUAUUUCCACAGAUGGAGAUAAUGCCCCCCUUCCCAAUCCUGCCUUUCCCUCUGUUGGUGGGUCUGGGAGCCAUUACCCUGACAGUCUCAGAAUGUUCUUACAGCUGAAGGAAUUGGCCCACUUGCCCUCUUGGAGCAGCGUUCAGGGUCUGGGUGAUCAAAUCGGCUAUUUUAAGUGCUUUGGUUUUAAACUUGCAGUGCUUGGCUUGAGUUUCAGCUAGCCAAGUCCCAGUGUCUCCCCGAGGAGGGGAGGUGUUUUAGGUACACGUUUUCAGUUUGUAUAGGCUUAGAAUUUGUGCUUGAGGUUUCUCCCAUUUUGUUUUAUAGUGCAGGGACCUGGCUCCAUGUGCUGUUCACCAAACCCCCAUUUCAAUGUUAUGGCAGCCGUGUCCACUGCUGCCUCAGCCCUCCUUUCCAGUAUUGGCACCUAAUCGAUUCUGGGGGUUGGAAUGGAGACAGGCCAGGUAUGAUUGGGAAGGUGUCAACUGUUCAUACGCUUUCUCUAAAGGGUGGUGUGUAUGGAGAUUGGAGGCCUUUGGCACCAGCCCUCGGCUGCUUGAUGCUGAAUGUGCUAUGGGCAGCAGAUGGUCUGUUCCAAACACAGCACCCAAGUUCUCUUGCUAGGGUGCCUCGCUGGCAGGCCGACGUGUUGCUGGUGCUACUGGCUGACUGGAUUUAUCCCUAUACCGGUUUUACCCCUUGAGGGAGGGGCUAGGAUGCUCUGCACUGAGCUAAUACCAUCUGAAGAAAAGGCCUAAAGGUGCCUAACUUGUGUUGCUCUUUUUCCCCUGUCCAGUACUAGGGAGACACAAAAGUGGUGAGCACAGCUGGGGGCUGUGAGGGAUUUAAGGGAAAAGAAAGUUGAUUUGUAUUUACUUUUUAUAAAAAAAUAAACUAUUUUUCAAGUGUU